GCGUAGUCCCAAUAAAUUUUCUUCUUGACAUUUGAAGAGAAAUACACUACCAAUUAAUAAUGAAGGAACUACCAAAGACAAGUAUGAAAAGAAGGACACAGAAUAUACGAGUUUUGGAAUUGUAUUCUGGUAUUGGUGGAAUGCAUUACGCAUUAAAGUCUACAAACAUACCAUUCGAAGUAGUUUGCGCGAUUGAUAUUAAUCCCCUUGCGAAUACGGUGUAUAAUCAUAAUUUAGGAAACCGAGCUAAACAUAUAGACAUUACUAAGGUCAAUGCAUCUGAAUUAGAUGGAUACCAUUGUGAUUUAUGGACUAUGAGUCCCAGUUGUCAACCUUAUACACGCAUUGGAAAACAGCAAGACGUACAAGAUCCACGAUCACAUGCUUUCCUUCAUUUAUUAGAGGAACUUCCGAAAGUGGAAAGUCCACCGAAGUACAUUUUGAUUGAAAAUGUUCAAGGUUUUGAAAAUAGUAUAACUGCUCAAAAAUGUCGUGAAGUGUUAAAAGGAAUGAAUUACAACUUUAUAGAGGGGAAUUUAACGCCAAAACAAUCAAACAUUCCCAAUUCUCGUUGCCGAUGGUAUGGUCUGGCCAGGAAAGGUUCAUUAGUAAAUUGGAAUUUUGAGGAAAUUAUAGCAACUUCAUUCAAAAACAGUUAUAAAGGUGAAGGAAUAAAUACUUUGGAAAGUUUCUUAGAAACGCAAGCUAGCUUUGAGUCAUACUUUCUCCCUGAAAAACUCAUGUUUCGUUAUGGUCAUCAACUGGAUAUUGUAAAACCAACGAGCACUAACUGUUGCUGUUUUACUAGAGGUUAUGGACAAUUAGUACAAGGGUCUGGAUCAGUUUUACAAACCUCAGAUCACGAAAGUAUAGCAGACCAAUUCGAAAAAGAUAGGAUGUCUUUGAGACUUCGAUACUUUACCGCAAGGGAAAUUGCAAGGAUUAUGGGAUUUCCUGAUUCAUUUCAGUGGAAAGAAAUAGAGAUUUCAGAAAAAACCAUGUACCGUUUACUUGGAAAUAGCAUCAAUGUGAAUGUUGUUUCACGGCUUCUUUCGCACCUGCUGUAUCCUAGUACUGGCGGACAGGAAGAGGAAUCAAUUAUUAAACCUUCUUUCUAUUGAAUUUUUAUUUGGCUAUAUCUUUCUUUCCUUUCAGUAGCCUUUUUUUGUACGGAACUGGGAGUUUGGGGAUCAGACCUUUUUAUGCCUAUUUUCACUGAUCUUUGUUCACUUAUUAACCUAAUCUUAAUACCUUUUCACGAACUGCCUAACUCUUGAUUCUCAAUAUUCCUUGAUUAAUAUAACCUGCUUUUAAUUAUAUUAUCUUAAUUAGAGGAUAAUGGUCUACUGUCUAGACGAUGAAUUUUUUACUGUUUACCACUACACCUUGUUGGCGAAAA